CGAGUUCAUUUAUGCUUAGAGGAAGGGGAGGAGGUGGACAGCUCUUCUUCUACGUCCCGAUGUGCUGAGAGCUGCCGUUUCACUUCACCUCCGCCUCCGAGCAGCGCAGUCCUUCCCUUUUCUUAGGUGCCAGGUUUCAUUGUCAGCCCAGAUUUUGAUUAGAAGUGCUUACGGUUUUGAUACUCAUUUUUUUAAACCCUCCAGCCUCGCCGAAGAGACCACUCCGGGACGGUGAAGAGAGAAGUUUAAACCCCAGGUGCUGCUCAUGAGAAAGCGGAUCCGAGGUUUCUAACACAUCGCCUUCGCUAUCUCGAGUAAAUUUCUUUGGGGUGGGAAGUUAUCAUCGACUUCAGUGAAGUUUACCGACACCGAGAGGACAGCACAUCCGCCCGGCAUCAUGACUCGGAGAUCCUGUGCCAUUUACGCCACCGGGAUUGUGUGCGCUCACCUCCUGAUAGUGGGGAUCGCCCUGGUGGUGGCUCAAGUCUUCCAAACAAUGAUCCACAGCCGGCUAAAAAAAGAAAUAACUUUGACAGAGAAGAGCCAAGUGUUUGAGUCAUGGAAGAAUCCACCCCCCCCUGUUUAUAUGGAGUAUUACUUCUUCAAUGUGACCAAUCCAGAGGUGUUCUUGGCAGGCGGGAAGGCAGCUGUUAAACAGAUUGGACCAUAUACCUACAGGGAAUACAGGCCAAGGGAAAAUGUGACUUUCUUGGAGAAUGGCACCAAGAUUUACGCCGUGAAUCCCAAAACGUUUGUGUUUGUACCCGAGAAGUCAGUCGGUGACCCCGAGGUUGACUACAUCACGACUGUCAACAUUCCAUUUGUGGCAAUAAUGAACGAGCUGAAUUCCUACUCUUUCUUCCUGCGAACUUUGGUUUCUAUGUACGUGAAUAGUCUGGGUGUCGACGUUUUCAUGAACCGCACUGUCCACGAGGUGCUGUGGGGCUUCAAAGACCCUCUUCUCUCAAAGGUCCACACCAUGAAACCUGAGGUGGAUGAAUAUUUUGGGCUGAUGUGGAAGAAAAAUGGCACCCAUGAAGGAGAAUUUGUGUUCCACACUGGCGAGGAAAACUACUUGGAUUAUGGCAAGAUCGACACAUGGAACGGCCUGCGGAAAAUGUCCUGGUGGUCUUCCGAUCAGAGCAACAUGAUCAACGGUACAGACGGUGCAGUCUUCCACCCUCUGAUAAACAGGAAUGAGCUGCUCUACAUCUUUGCUGCUGAUCUCUGCAGGUCUAUCCAUCUAGCCUAUGUGGAAGACGUGGAGGUGAAAGGCAUCCAGGCGUAUCGCUUUGCACCCCCUAGUGAUGUCCUCAUGAGCCCUAAAGACAACCCCACUAACGAGGGCUUCUGUGUGCCAGCUGGGGACUGUCUUGGCACUGGGGUGCUUAAAGUCAGCGUUUGUCGAGAAGGUGCUCCCAUUGUUGUGUCUUUUCCCCACUUUUAUCAAGCGGACCCCAUGUACAUCAACGCCGUUGAGGGGCUCAACCCCAACAAGGAAGAACAUGAGACGUACCUUGACCUGCAGCCGACCACAGGUGUUCCCAUUCGUGCCUGCAAGAGAGCUCAGCUCAAUAUCAUCCUGAAGAGAGUUCAAGGCUUCCCCAAAACUAAGUACAUCAAUGAGACCAUUUUCCCCAUCAUGUUUGUCAAUGAGACGGCAACUAUUGACAAUGAAUCAGCCUCCCAGAUGAGAACGCUUCUCCUAAUCGUCACGCUUGUGUCAAACUUCCCUUUGCUAAUCGUGGGUUUGGGCAUCAUCCUUCUACUGGUUCUCGUCGUCUUGUUCUGCCGAAACCGCCAGAAGAAGAAUGAAGUAAAACGUAUUGAUUUUACUGAAGCUUUUCAUUCUUUUACUACGGCGAAAGACGACACGGCCUACACUCAGGUCAGCGACAAACCCGACGAGCCAUCAGAAACUCCAGCCACUCAGCCGGUGAGGAAUGGCUCAUACAUUGCCAUGUCUCCAGUGGAGGCCCAAAAGUGUUGAUCAAGGAACCCUUCCCCAAGUGUGGAGCUCAGGAAGGGGGCUGAGGGAGCAGCACAUGGGUGUUACACUACCACGGGUGGGGGUUUAUAUACACUUUGGGCUCAUUUUCACUUAUUUUUGUGGGGGUGGGGAGGAUAGGGAAAGGGGUGGGACACAAGCUCCAGUAAAUGCUUAGUCAACAAAGACAUUGCUCCUCUCACUGAGCCCUCUUAUGACUGUUUGUCCUCCUCUACUCUACCUGCUGAGCAUGGCCCUCACUGCCUGCUGUACUGCAACACAAACAAACUCCCACACUCAUUUUAGUCUUGGUUGGCCCUAAAGAUGAAGGGACCCUGGAUGGGCUUAGCCAGGACAGUCCUUUAAAUCUUCUGAGGGAACAAGGUAGCAUAGGUGUCGCUGUUGUACGCGGAUGUAUGAUCUUCUGAGCAGACUCUGCCAGCUAAUAUGGCUCAAAGAAAGUGUUUUUUUUUUGCCUGAACAACAGUGGGUGUUGUUACCAUCAUGUUCUUGCUUUUUCAUUUCCAUCAGUGUUGCGUGAGGACUUGAAGCCAACAGAUUUUUUAGAAAAGCCCCCGUAAACUGAAUCCUUAGGAAAACAAAAAACUCUCUGGGCUCCCGAGCCCAGAGGAUAAAGUGGUUUUGCUAACAACACUGAAUUCAGCAUAUCUUUUUGUAAAAAAUAAAUAUUAAGAAGAAGAAGAAGAAACAGACUGAGCCAAACUAUUUAUAGCAUUUUUGCCUUUUUUCUUAAGAUGAAUCAGUGCACCUACCCACAUACACACACACACACACACUGUACUUCCAGUAUCAGUCAGUGAACAUGUGUGUGCACCUUCAGCUUACUUACACUUCAGUGUCCUUUUUUGAUGGGCAAUGGGAAUCUUUCUUUUUCUCGAUGCAGGCAUAGUGUAGUGUGACGUCUGGAAUAUUUGUGAGUUUGACCCCCCCCCCCCCCUUGUCACCAUUACCUUUUUUUCCCCCAGAACACACUAGUCUAGAGAAUAUUCAGCUACAUUUCCGAGUCAUCUUACUUAAGGUGAUGACUGCUUAGCUAUGAAUUGGUCAGGAACGCGAACAGUAGCUUGAUAAAGUUGCACCUUUAGGCUUCAUCACAGAUUUAAAACAAAGCGGAAAAAAACACCCAUGGAACUUACAAGGGAGACUUGAACCUGCUUUCUGCCUUAUAACAGUUCAAUGUGUUCUUUUCUUGUUCAUUCAUACAUCGUUCAGAUAAGCUGGAAAUCUCUUGUUGUUAUUGUACAUAUGUAAAGAGGAAAUGUUGAGAUACCUCCGACCAAAUCCAGCAAACAGUCCUCUAAAGUGUGCUGAAAGACACUAACUUUGCUCUGGUGUCAAUUGCUCCUGCACGUCUACACUGUUACCUGUUUUUUUUGUUUGUGUGUUUGUUUGUUUGUUUGUUUGUUUUUUUAAAAAGCACAAUUUGGAUUGUUAAAACCAGUCCUCACACAAGGCUACCAGGUUUUUUAGUCCAUUAUUAUAUAUUUACAGCUGAUCUGUCAAAGACACUGACAGGUGCUGUGACUAUUUAAAACAAAAAAAUGUUGAAUCUCUGGGUUUUGAGGAAACCCCGUACACCACUCGCCGCUGUGCUGUCAUUCAGUUUGCCAAGGAGCUGUAGGCAUUCAGGCAAAAACACAGCACACAGCACUUGAAUCACUGUUUGUCUUAUGUUUCAUGUUGUGUUUUCAUUUCUUCGGUCCUCGUCACACGUCAAACCCAGUUGUAGUCAGCGUGGAAAAUUCCCUGCACUUUGCCUGGAAAUUGUGCCCUGUGUAUUUUCAUUGUUUGUUUAUUUGUUUUUUUUGUUUUUUCAAUGGUCAUUUCAAUGCAGGUGGUCCACAUAUUCAGUACAUUUCAAUGUUUUGUCCUCACUAGUAUUGGUAACAAAGGAUGUUCAUCCUCUGUGUUAUUUGCUUUUGAGCACAUGGAGUGUCUUCUUUUGAUAUACUUUUGUAUUUGUUAUUGCUGCUAGAAAAUGCCAUAACCUACGGACUUGUAUUUGUUUAUGUGGUAUUUACCAUACUGUGCUCGUAUUCAGUUUGAGGUUGACCCACAGAAGUUUUUUUUCCUUUGAGUCUUAAAUCUUGAAGGCUUUCUGUGUUGCCAGCCCUUUUGACACCUGAGCACAAGAUACAAAGCCAAAAGCUUGCAUCCAUUUAUUGGAAUUACAACUUACUAGUUAUCCCUAGUGACAUUUUUAUAAAGUUAUCACAUUUAACCACUCGAUUUGCGGACGAUCAGACCCAUAACACAUGUAUCAUAGGGGUUUAUUAUAGGAUGAGUAAACUUAACAGUUCAGUGGAGGUGUUGAAAAGGGCGAGCCACUUCAGCACCAGCUGAGACUGGUGUCAGAAGUCUGAUACUGGAAUUAUUAACACUGUGGUGGAGACUAAAGGAUUCCUUUUUAAAGUUGAAUCAAUUCACUGAAGGCCUUUUUAUUACAACGUACAUGCAAGCAACCAAUGCCUUGUGCGAACUCAGUCCGUCGUCACACACCUUUUUAAAAAAAAUCUUGACUUGAACCUGAAAGACCUUAAUCCCGAGAGUCGUGUGCGUGUUGCUUGUACAGCGUUUGUUCAAACACACACCUGAGCUAUCACUCCUCCACUGUCUGAUUUCUACUACACUGACCUUUGAGUCCAGUAUUUCAAGCUCAUUGGCUCAUCCCUGUUUGACCAAAGAUAACCCACAUAGAUUUGCCCCAGAGCCGUGUUUACUCUCCUCUGCGAUAACAGCCGUGCCACAAAACCACCGCCUACCUUUUUUAAAAAAUUUUUACUUUUUCUUUUUUUUUUUUGAUCGUGCCACCACUGACCGUAUGUGAAGUAUUUGCAGCAGUGUUGUGAGCAUGAAUGGAUGUGCGUAUGUGCCUUUUUACAACAAGGCAAAUUUUAAAAAAGAAUGACAAUUUCACAAAUUGCUAGUUGUGGGUAUUGGUGGGUAUUGCUUUUCGUCGCCCAGUGCAAGAGCAAACAAAAGUAAUCAAUGCUCGUUUUGAGCAGAUCUCAGUAUUAUGUAAGACAAAGCAAUACAGAAUUGUAUAAAAUAAAUUGUGGAUGUUUUGUAAGGGGCCACAAAAUAUUUAUGUAUUUUUUUUCUGUUAGUUUUACUUCUGUAGAACUACUUCCUUUUUCUGUUGUGUAAUUUAGUUAUUUUUUGUAACAUUGAACACAUUUCAUUUUUGAUCAUUUCAUUAUUUUUUUUUUUCCCACCAAAACUCAAAAACUGUAAAAGAUGGACCAGAGUGUCAAACUGGGAGAUGUCAGAACCCUGUAAAAUGUCUGUAAAAUGAGUUUUCAUGAAUGGUUUAAGAUUGUUUGUGUUCGAUGAAUAUGAGAAGUGUAAAUUUGUGUUUGUGGAGUCAGUGCAUUUCUGUUAAACUGGAGUGAUUUUUUUUUUCUUUUUUUCUACUGGAAGGCUGAUUAUCUUGAUGACUGAGUAAAGUGAAGCAUUGAUGCUGUGUAACCUAUCUAGAUGAAUGAAGCCCUCCUUCAGGGAUGAGCACUAGUGCCAUACCAUCCUUUGAUUAUUAUUUCUUUCCUUAAUUUGCUCUUUGGUGUGACCUCAUCUCCCCAUUUCGAUGUUCUGAAGUCACUAACAGAUAUUUCCUCUUGAGAUAUACUAAUUUGUUUUGCUGCUGAAAAUGACAAUCUCGCUUGUCAUGUUAGGUGCAAAAUGAAUUCAAAGUAAUAUCCAUUUUUAGUUUUGAUAAUUUACACUGCACAGAUGUUUCUACAGUGCUUUUGUAAACAUUUCUAGUGUAUUUGCAAAAAAAAAUAAAAGUUGCAUUCAAUUGCAAAGCUCA